AUGGUGAAUGAAGAUCCAUGUCAAACACAAAAUCAACUUGCAGAAACGUUGAAUGUUACUCAAGCAGCUAUUUCCAAGCGUUUAAAAGCCAUGGAAAGAAAGGCAAGCGAACUGCGGAGGCCCGAAAGAUAUGCGGCGUAUACGGGGACAGAACGUGCCGCUCAGAAAUGGUUUGCCAAAUUUCGUUCCGGAGAUACGAGUCUUGAAGAUGGACCCCGCAACGGUUGGCCCACCGAGGUUGAUUCGAAUGAUAUCAAAGCACUGGUUGAGCAAGACCGGACGCUAAAGGCAUUUGCAACAGCUGGGUUACGUGUCCCCCCUCGAUAUUUGGAUGCCGCACAAACUGAUCGAGAAGAACCUGGCCAACCGCAUAUCCAUCUGCAAUUCACUUCUGAAGCGGCACGAAAGCGACCCGUUUCUCAAACGAAUAGUGACUGGCGACGAAAAGUGAAUCAUCUACGACAACAUAGUGCGCAAGAGAUCGUGGGGGACCGCUGGCGAGCUGCCGAAUGCCACCCCGAAGGCCGGCCUGCAUCCGAAGAUUUUGCUAUUCAUAUGGUGGGAUCAUCGUGGUGUGUGCUGUUUUACGAGCUGCCUCAGGGAAAAACGAUCGAUUCGAAGAUCUACUGCACGCAGCUAACGAAAUUGAAUCAAGCAUUGCGACAGAAACGUCCAGAACUGGUCAAUCGCAAAGGUGUCAUAUUCUACCAUGACAACGCCAGACUGCAAUAA